UCAUCAUUCACCGUACAAGUGAGCAUUCAAGAAGCCGCUCUCCCUCCACUCCAGUCCACCUCACUCUGCACUCUGCCACAAAGUUUCUCUAUUUUUUGGAAACUUUUUAUUGUUUGUUAAAUUUCCACUCUUUUCCAAUUAACACUUUUUACUCAAAUAUUUUAAGUAUGGCUGAAGGUGGACAAGGUAAAGAUACCGUGCCUGGCGUUGGCCUGAUGAUCGAACGAUCAAAUGAUGUUGAACAGUCAUUCAAAUCUGCCGUAGCUGAAGGAUAUAGCCUGAUAUGCAUCGAGUCAAUCCUUAAGCCAGAAUAUUGUCGAAUAACGUUAGAGACUUGGGAUCAGGAAGACACGGUCGCGCCUAUCUCGUGGUUUGAUGCAUGUCUUCCUACCAAAGUCUGGGUGUCCAACGUUUAUGCGUUGUUGUCCCUUGUUAAUGGCAUGUUAGAAGGUGAUAACGAAGUGAUGGCGUCAAGGGCAAGAAAGCUUCUCCGACGGGAAUUGGACUUCGCUCGAUAUGCGUCAAUAGGCUGUGUAUUCAUAGAGUUGGAUGGAAGUCAAGGUUUUACACAUAUGGCUAGUCUCGUCCAAGGAUAUCUCACCUCACCAGCAAAGGUGGCAAUAAAAGUGCCUCUGUUAUUUGAAAGCCAGCCUCUCCUACCUGAUGACCACGCUUGGAGCAUGUGGAAUCAAUUCAGGAACAUGUGCGGGCAUAAUCACCGACUGUCUGUUGGUCUUGAACUGACCGAAACCUUACCUUGUCGAGAAAAAAUGCUGCGCUGGAUCGGGGAGAAUGUAAAGUACAUUUUUGUUCCCACAGCGCUUUGCAUAAAGAAUUCAGAUGGAGUUGUAGAUUUGGUAUCAAAAGAACAUUGCAGUUGGGUGCAAUCAUUUCUUCAACUGGGUGCAAAGGUUUUCUUUUGCGAAAACGACCAACCAGGCGGCAAUCGACCUGCCAUUGCCAUCCACGAGUAUCCAAAGCUCGUCGAAUCAUUGAAGAAAUCUGCGGUCCCAGUAUACGAUGCUUAUUUUGGAUGUCAAAGGUCAUUAUUCCCGAUGUUGCCUCCCAAAUCCGAAGGGUUUCUAUUGCCAAGGAGUAGACAAACUACCUCCGAAAAGUACAAGCUUUAUACUGCAGCAAUCCGUGAAGCUCUAAUGACUUUAGUUUCGGAGGAGGAAAAAGACACGAAAGUGGUAACUCUGGUUAUCACAAGGGUCUGUCACGUCCCAAUGACGGUGUGUUGUUUAGAGGCGGCAAAGCAAGCUCAACGGCGGAUUAAGAUUUUUGCUGUCGAAGAAGACGCAAACGUUACUGCUGCGCUUAUCCACUACAACAACCAGUACUGGAAUAAACUACUCAACGUAUUGAACAUAAACAUGCGAGACUGGAAUAGUGAAAAUAAGGUUGAUAUUAUUAUUUGCGAAGUGCUCAUUUCACCGUCGGGUAACGAACGGCUCCCAGAAUUCUUCGACGAAAUUCAACAAUUUCUGAAGCCCGGGGGAGUAAUGAUUCCCCAAAAAUUCCAUACUUUCAUUGUCCCAGUUUCAUCCUCAACCAUGCAUAAAGAAGUUGGAAAACUAAGGGACCGACAUAUCGGAGAAAACCAUUUGCAAAAUGAUCACGUUCGCUACUACUUUGAACACCCUUAUAGUGUUUUCACUAAAAAGAAAUAUGAUAUUUGCAAACCAAAGUUGGCGUUUUCCUUCGACUAUCCCAAAUCAGAAGCUCGAAUUCCAAAUGAGCGUUACAGCGCAAUAACCUUUGCGCCUGAAGAAAACUGCAUGAUAAAUGGCUGUCUUUUUUACUCAGCCUUCAGUCUCUAUGAAAACGUUUUCUUAACCUCUCUUCCUGAAUUAAACACCAAGCGAAAAUUAACAUGGCUACCCAUGUUUUUUCCGUUCGCGGAACCAAUUACUUUGUCAAAAGGUCAAAGCGCAACGGUGAACUUUUGGCGAUACAGAGACAAAGAUAGUGUAUGGCACGAAUGGGGAAUGUCUUCUCCAUCGUCUCUUCCUGUCAGCAACCCAAUGGGACGAUCUUACAAAAUCAAAUUGACUUAACGUAUGUAGUAUAUUUAUUGUGUAACUAAUUAUAUAACAUAUUAUUUCAAUACUGUACAAAAUUAUUUUAAAUAUUGUAAGUUAGAUAAAUUAGCAAGUUGUAAAUUAUUAUGCAAUUGUCUACAUAUAAAAUCCAUACUUCUCGAUUUUAAAAUAACUAAGGCACUUUUACCGUAGAGAUGUAUCCAUUGUUAAAUUUUUAAAUUAUUAAGUUUAUUAAUUGUGUCAGACAAGAGUCGGUACUGACAGAUGCUUGUUUAAUAAAUUUAACGCUGGCUAAACAGCUAUGGAAAAUAUA